AUGAAGGAAAAUGCGGUUCUGCAGUUUGUUGUACACGAUGAACAGCAGCCAUUAUUAUUAGGAUUAGAAUUGGAUGGUAAUACGAAUGAAUUGCUAUCAAUAAUUAAUAACAUGAUACCGAGAGAGGAUGUAAAUGAUGAUCAGGAUGAAUUUUUAAUAUUUGAUAAUUUUGAUUUUAAUUUACAGUCGCCGAAUAAUUUGAAUUCGAAAAGUGGAAAUGAUACCCUUAUGAAUAAUAGUGAUUCUACUUUUAAUGCUACAAAUAAUUAUUUAUUUAACAAUGUGAGAGUAGAGGAAGGGAAGAACAAUGAGGAUGAAUCUGAUUUAAUAUUUCCCAAACAGUUAUGUCUUCCAACUGGAAUGACAAUAAUUUGCAACAAUAUGGAAGAGUAUAAACUGUUUAGGACAAUAUGUAAGGAUCAAGAGACUGGGGAUUUUAUACCUAUUGUACAGGAAACUAAACCACCACCAUCAGUUCUCAAACGAAUGGAAGAAAGAAGGAAGGAAUUAUCUUUAAGGAAUAAUCAAAAUAAUCAAAAUAAUCAACAUAAUAGGGAGAGUCAUUUAAUGAAUCGGGGUUGUGAAACCUCACAAGAUGAAAAAGAAACUUGA